UGGUGUAGGUGGUGUUGUGAGGGACGAGACUGUGUCUGAAAAGAGAGAGAGAGAGAUGAAAGUAUAAGAGAUUGAAUCGCAAACCCUCUCUAGCAUCACAUUCUUUCUCUCCUUUUAUUCGCUCCUUUUUAGAUCUGUGCUUUUCGCCCCUUUUUAAAUCCCGCAGAGAUUUAAUUUAUUCAUUCUAAUCCAUCUUCUCUUCUAUCCACCUCAUUUUGGGGAACAACAGAUUUCUCGUUAUUUUUUUAAAGGGUUUUUGUUUUUGUUAAAUUGAAAUAUGUAUGUGUAAUGUGGUCUGGCAAAGGAGCGACUUCGUCUUCACGAGAUAUGGACACGUCGAUCUUAGAUCCCGAUGAGCGGCAUCAACAGGAGUUAGAAAAUCUGACACUAACAGCUCAACCCUUCAAAACGUUUAAGUAUUUCAUUUUGGCUGUGGUUCAAUAUCUUAAGCGAUCAACAUCGUAUCUUUUGGCAAAAGGAGGAUGGCUUAUGCUCCUAAGUACUGUGGUUGUAGCUGUUGGAAUUUUUCUUGUGACAAUUGAUGGCUCUCAUGAGAAGCAUCUUGAGGAACUUUCUGAAUAUUUCCGGUUUGGGUUGUGGUGGAUAGCCCUAGGUGUUGCAUCUUCAAUUGGUCUUGGUUCUGGUUUGCACACCUUUGUCCUUUAUUUGGGCCCACAUAUUGCGCUGUUCACAAUAAAAGCAAUGAAAUGUGGUCGGGUUGACUUGAAAAGUGCUCCAUAUGAUACAAUACAGUUAAAAAGAGGCCCAUCAUGGCUUCUUAAGGAUUGCAGUGAAUUUGGAUCCCCAUUAUAUGGAGAACAGGUUCCCCUUAGUAGCAUAUUACCGAAGGUCCAGAUUGAAGCUGUGCUUUGGGGCAUUGGUACUGCACUUGGGGAGCUUCCUCCUUAUUUUAUCUCAAGGGCAGCACGCAUAUCAGGUAGCAGAUUGGAAGCCAUGGACGAAUUGGAUGAUUCCCCAACAGAAACUGAAGGAUUUUUCGCUGUGCAAUUAAAAAAAGUCAAACGCUGGUUCUUCACACACUCUCAACACUUGAACUUCGUCACAAUUUUAGUGCUUGCUUCGGUGCCAAAUCCACUCUUUGAUCUUGCUGGCAUCAUGUGUGGACAAUUUGGGAUUCCAUUUUGGAAGUUUUUUUUGUCUACGUUGAUUGGGAAGGCAAUUAUUAAAACUCACAUACAGACGGCUUUUAUCAUUUCUGUUUGUAAUAAUCAACUGCUGGAUUGGCUUGAGAAUGAAUUGAUUUGGGUACUAAGCUUUGUGCCUGGUCUUGCUCCUGUCUUGCCCAGCCUCAUAGCUAAAAUACAUACUGUCAAAGCAAAGUAUCUUAAACCUCCAACCCCUUCGAGUUCCCAGGGAAAGACAUGGGAUUUCUCGUUUGCUGCUGUGUGGAACACUGUUGUCUGGGUUAUGCUGAUGAACUUCUUUGUGAAGAUUGUGAAUGGAACUGCUCAGAGAUAUCUGAAGGAGAAACAGGACAGAGAGCUAGCUGCAUAUUCUAACGACUUACAAGCGUCAGCUCAAUUAAAUUAGGUAAGUGGCCUGAUAUACAAUUGUUAUGUCUUUUCCGUUUUUAUAAGUAGGUAAGGAGGAUAAUGUGAUGAUUCCUGCAACAGUCACAUCACAAUUGUUGGCCCUAAAAAUCACUCUGCUUUGUAUAGAAAUAGGAACACGAUUUAAUUAUGUGUCCUAUGACAUGUUGGAGCAAGCAUAAUUUAGUUAGGUUAAUUUUUUUUUCUCCUUGGGAAAGUAGUAGUGAAAUUGGAAUAUCCAACUCCUAUGAUUCUUUUGCAAUGCAAAGACAAAUUAUUUGCCCA